GUCACCAGGAAAAAGCAGCUCCCACCAAAAAAAGAAGGAGAAAUUGAUCCAAAGCUCUGGGAAUUGCUUCUAUCUUCACCAAAAAAGGACUACGAAAAAAUUUGUUUUGACUUUGGUGUUACUGACUUUCGCUGGAUGCUAAAGAGACUCAGCCAGAUGAAAAAGGAGAGAGAAGAUGAGCAGGCAAAGGUUGUAGAAAAAGUGGAAAAUGUGAAACAAAUAGAAGUUAAACCCAACGGGACAGCCGAAUUUAGCCUGGACAUGAAACUAUUGGAUCCUAACAGUACAAUCAACUUGUUUAAGGAUGGGAAAAGUGUUGCCUAUGGAACGGAUGAAAAUUCAAAACCAAAUCUUCAGAAAAUUGGCACAAAGUAUGUUUUCAGCAUCAAAGAUCCUCAGCCAGAAGACGCUGGAUUUUACCAGAUUGAUGUUGAAGAGGCAAAUGUCCUCUCAACUGACUUUCAAGUGCCUGCUGUGGAGUUCAUUGCGAAGAUUAAAGAUGUGAAAGCCAUUGAAAGUGAGGAUGCCAUCUUUCAGUGUCUCUUGUCGACACCACUGAACAGAAUUACUUGGUCAAAACAGGACUCAUCACUUGAACAUGGAGACAAAUACGAGAUCACUGUCUCAGAGGACAAACUAAUUCACACAUUGAGGGUGAAAGACUGUGGAAUGGUGGAUAGCGGAGCAUAUUAUGCCAUUGCUGGGACAGCUUCCAGCAGCGCCUCCCUGACAGUGGAAGCUGAUCCAAAUGGAAGUAAAGGUCUUAAAAGCAACAAAACUGGAGAUCAAGAUGACCUUACUAAACUAGCUAUGGAGCAACAGGCCAAGCUACAAAAAGAAAAAGAGGACUUAGAAGCAGCACGACGAGCUCAGGCUGAUGCAGCAGCUCAAGCUUCACAGGGGGAUGGAGGAGAUGGUUCUGGUAAUAACAAAGACCUAACAGAUGGAGAUGAUAAAGAUAAAACGGAUGGUGCAGAGAAGAAGAAGAGGCGACUACAAACUGGCCCUUUGGUUCCUGAUACUGCCAUGGGUAAAAUCAAUGCGUUGUGUGAAGACGGAAUAUUUUGUCGCUGCAAUUCUGGUGUCAGGUUUGUAAGUGGGCUUUCAGAUACUAUGGCUAAUAUGGGUGAACGGGCAGAGCUGUCUUGCAAACUAAGCAGUGAGACCUCCGAGGGGCAUUGGUAUAAAAAUGGGAAGCUGCUAACCAAUGGGGAUGGGGUAACAAUUAUCAAAGAUGGAUCCAGUCACAAGUUGAUUAUUGAAAGCUGUAACAAAGAUGAUGGCGCUGUGUACCGCUUUGAAGCUGAGGGACGUAAAUCAGAAGCAACCCUUGUUAUUCAAGACCCACCAAAAUUUGAUGCUGAUGCACUGGCAGAAUUUACAAAGCCGGUCAUUAUAAAGGCAGGAGAAAAUGCAGAAUGGAAGCUGCCUUUCUCAGGAGGGGCACCAAUGAAUAUUCAGUGGUACAAGGAAGAUGAUGAGCUUUUGCCUGCCCUCAAUGUGAAAAUUGAAACAUCAGCUAAUGAGAGCAAACUUCGCCUUACCAAGUGCCAAAGGAAAAGCAGUGGAGAGGUUAAAAUAAAAAUAAAAAAUGAAUUUGGUACACUCGAGGCAAUUUCCAAACUUAUUGUCCUUGACAAACCAACACCACCACAGGGACCUGUGGACAUUAUGGAAAGUGCUGUAACAUCUGUUGAGUACAAAUGGAAGCCACCAAAAGAUAAUGGUGGAUGCCCAGUCACAAACUAUAUAAUAGAACGUCAACAGGUAGGGCGCAAUAAAUGGUCAAAUCUCGGUGAGAUCCCUAGCAGCAACCCAAGUUACAAAGACACAGAUGUGACCCCAGGAAGGAGAUACUGCUAUCGGAUCAGAGCCAAAAAUGCAGAAGGCAUCAGCGAUUGCUUGCAGACAGAGGACAUACCAGCUGGUGUAUUACGAUAUCCUGGAACACCAUCAGCACCUAAAGUGGUCAGUGCCUUUAAAGACUGCAUCAAUCUGGCAUGGUCUCCACCAUGUGACACUGGGGGAACCAAAAUAGUGGGUUACAAUCUGGAGAAAAACAAGAAGGGCACCAACUAUUGGAGUCUUGUUAACCAAGGAGGGCCUAUCACAGAUACAAAGUAUGCAGUGAAAGAUGUUUUUGAAGGUGCUGCAUAUGAAUUUAGGGUCUCUGCUAUCAAUCUAUCCGGUGCUGGGGAUCCCAGUCUUCCAAGUGACACUGUUGUUGCCAGAGAUCCAAAGAAACCCCCAGGCAAAGUCACAGACCUGAAGUUAACAUCCUCAAAUUACACUACACUUUCACUGGCUUGGACUAAACCUAAAGAAAUUAAAGGCAUAGAGGAUGAAGCCCAUGGGUACUAUGUGGAGAUCAGACAAAUAGAAAACCUUGAAUGGACUCGCUGUAAUGCCAUCCCAAUUACUCUUACUUCUUACACUGUGCUUGGCUUGAAAGCAAUGGCCGCAUACUGGGUGAGAGUAAUUGCCACCAAUUACGGAGGGGAUGGAGAACCUCAGGGCUUUGACAAUUACCUCAUCGCCAUGCCUCCUCCUGUCAAGCCAAAGUUUAAGGACCGCAACAUGAAGACUUUUGUAGUGGUGAAAUCUGGGAACACAGUCCGCCUUAACAUCAACUUUGAGGCCUCGCCCCUCCCAGAAGUUUCUUGGCUAAAAGAUGGUGUUCCAGUGCCCAAACAUGUAACAAUUACCAACUCUGAUAAGGGCUCUCAACUGUUGAUCCCCACAUCUGAGCGAUCUGACACUGGCAUCUACACCAUAACUGUCAAGAAUAUCGUCGGCCAGGAGAGCUUUAACGUUGAAAUAAGAGUUACAGAUGAUCCAAAGCCUCCUGGUCCAGUGGAGCUGGAUCAGAACAUCCCAGGAACCGUGACUCUUUCCUGGACCCCCUCUCCAGAUGAGAAGAGGGAUGACAGACUACACUACAUGGUAUCAAAACGUGAUUCCUUCAAACGCACUUGGAGGACUGCAGCGGACAACCUCUUCAAUAAUAAGUUCACAGUUGUCAACAUCCUGCCUGGACGAGAAUACAACUUUAGAGUGUUUGCCAAAAAUGAUAUGGGUCUGUCUCCACCUUCUGAAUGCCCAAAAUUUGAAACUAAAAAAGAAAAAGGUAAGUUCGAACUGAAACUGCCAGAGACGAAAUGCUUGGAUUUUCAGUCACCUCCUUCAUUUAUUGUUCCACUCAAGAUGCGCACAGCUCCACAGGGUUAUGAGUGCUUCAUGAGCUGUGCAGUUAAAGGUGAUCCUGCUCCUCGUGUGACAUGGUAUCGCAAUAAUAUUAGCUUGAACACAAACACCAACUACCACAUCACCAAUGUUUGUGGAGUGUGCUCCAUGCUAAUACUAAGGGUGGCACCCAAAGACAACGGCGAAUACAAAGUCGUAAUUGAGAACAAACUGGGGACAGCCGAGUCUGCAAUGACGCUGAAUGUCAGAGAGUGA